AUGAUAGACCUGGAAAAGUUACAGAAUCACUUCAGGGGCCACGACGAGUUGAGUGAAAUUCUUCACCAGGACGAACUCCGCAAGAGUCUUAUCCGCUUGGCCGUGCUUCGUGUAGUCACGCUCAACAGAAACAAGCCCAAGAGAGCAAAGACCAACGAACCCGAUGAGCUUGUCCAAAUGAAAAAACAGCUCAAUGAAUACGAAUUAUACACAAACAAGUUGAAACAGGAGAGCCUGACCAAGUUGAAAUUGCAGGAGGCUAAACUUGAAAGUGCACAAGACGAAGUGGCCAAACUCAAACUACAGCUAGCAGCAGCCAAAGAAGCAGCCAAAGAUACAUCUAAACCAAUGUUCAGUGUGCCUAGUUCAAGUUCGUUUAGACCGCGAAUCAACCUCAACGGGCUCUCAAGACCGAAAUCAGCAACAUUAUCUUCUAUCAAAAAGUUUCCAUUAGCCAGACCUACGUCUGUGUCCAGUGAAAGAAACUAUCUAUCGCCCACUUUCAACUCUAUUAACAAGUCAAUAUAUUCGUCAGAUGUUUCCACAGUUUUGACACCCAUACUGAAUAGGACUAUUAGUAAACCACGUGGAAAAUACAUCACAGCCAGGAAUUUACACGAAUUGGGCAAUUCUCCAGUGACGUCUAAGUUUGGAAUUUCGAAGCCACCAACAAAAUUGACGACACUAACCCAAAAAAUAGAAGCACAGAAAGACGAAAACGAGCCUCCAAAAACUGCAGAAGCAGAAACCGAAGCAGAGAUCGGAGCGAAAUCUGCUACUACUUCUGUCUUACGAAGUUCACCUGCAAAAACUCCUUCACGUAAAUCUUUUAUAGAGAACUUCGACAAAUCAUCAGGUUCAAGCUCGCCUUCUCCGGAAUUCACCCCAAUGAGGGUUUCUUCAGACAAAACUUCGGCUCCAGUGUCACGAGACAUUGAAGAGACCGGAUUCGGCAACGGAAAAGUCACGAGAAUCGAAAAAUUCGACAAUACUUUACAGACUGACGAGGAUACUUUUGCUAGUGCCAACUCGACACUUGUAGGAAAUGUUUCAGGAGACGUAUUGCCUGAAAAGAAGAAGACGAAGAAGUUGCAAUUGUGGAAAUCAGGAGCUACUAAAGUGCCCUUAACGGCUCCAGGAAAGAAACCGCAUAGUCUUGGGCUCGAAGAUGAGAAUCUCAACUCUUUGAAUUACUAUGAAGAUGGAAACUUUGCAACGGACGAAAGUCCACCCAAGCCGCAGCAUAAGAGACAAUUAGAGUUGUCCCCCGUUCCAGAGCCUGCUAAGCGUCGGAAACAUAAUACGUUCAGGAUAGACUAA